GUUUAAUUGCCCCUUUUUGCGUAGAACGCAUAGGAAUGUUUAGAUUCUAGUGUAGCUUUCAACACUUGUUCUAUCGCGCGCAUGUUAUCAUCUCGUGGAAUGGAUGCGGUAGCUUGCUAACUACUGGGAGUUUUUUCCCCGGCCACGGCUUGCUGGUGAGCGGCUAACCUUAGCCAGUUAGCAAGGUCCUGAGGAGAGAGCCUUUGCGUCCACCUGAACAUGUCUGGCCCGGUCACCAGUCGAUCCCGGGUUUACCCCGACGUGAACACACAGAGACCCCGGGAGUACUGGGAUUACGAGUCACAUGUCGUGGAGUGGGGGAAUCAAGAUGACUACCAGCUGGUGCGAAAGCUCGGCCGGGGCAAAUACAGCGAAGUGUUUGAAGCAAUCAACAUCACAAACAAUGAGAAAGUAGUAGUCAAAAUACUCAAGCCAGUAAAGAAGAAGAAAAUCAAGCGAGAAAUCAAGAUUCUAGAAAAUCUGCGAGGCGGCCCCAACAUCAUCACACUUCUAGACAUCGUCAAGGAUCCAGUGUCUCGGACUCCAGCCCUGGUUUUUGAACACGUUAACAACACAGACUUCAAGCAAUUAUAUCAAACGCUAUCAGACUACGACAUACGGUUCUACAUGUACGAGAUCUUAAAGGCCCUGGACUACUGUCAUAGUAUGGGCAUCAUGCACAGAGACGUCAAGCCACACAACGUCAUGAUCGACCACGAACACAGAAAGCUUCGCCUUAUAGAUUGGGGUUUGGCAGAGUUCUACCACCCUGCUCAGGAGUACAAUGUACGAGUGGCGUCCCGAUACUUCAAGGGUCCAGAGCUGCUGGUCGACUACCAGAUGUACGACUACAGUUUAGACAUGUGGAGCUUGGGAUGCAUGCUGGCCAGUAUGAUCUUCAGGAAGGAGCCUUUCUUCCAUGGACACGACAACUACGACCAGCUUGUACGGAUCGCAAAAGUCCUGGGCACAGAAGACCUUUAUGACUACAUCGAUAAAUACAACAUCGAGCUAGACCCACGGUUCAACGACAUUCUGGGCAGACAUUCCCGUAAGCGGUGGGAGAGGUUUGUGCACAGUGAGAACCAGCACCUGGUGAGCACCGAGGCACUGGACUUCCUGGACAAGCUGCUGCGCUACGACCACCAUGCCCGCCUCACAGCCCGGGAGGCCAUGGACCAGCCCUACUUCUACCCCAUUGUGAAAGACCAGGCGAGGAUGGGCUCUACAUCAGGGCUGUCGACUGGUUCUACCCCAGUCAGCUCCUCCAGUAUGAUGACAGGCAUCACCUCCAUGUCCUCGUCGCAGCCCCUGGCUAAUGUGGCAGGCUCUCCUGUGAUCUCCUCCCCCAGUGCUCUGGCCACUCAGGUCCCAGCCGCCGCCGGGGCCCAGCCCUGAACGGUGCCCGGGAUUGACCCACUGCCUCUGUCUGGCCCGGCCUACCCAGCCCCCGGCAACAACCAUUUUUAUGUUGAGUAUAACAAAGAAUAAGAUAUUAGGUUCCCCUUUUCUUUUUCCAUACAAUAAUUAUAUAUUGACAUCCGGGCGCACAACAAGAGGGAGAGAGCUGCGUUCAUUCGUGAUGACGGUGUCUAGAAAUGCAACUACAAUGUAGAAAGUAAGCAAAAUGGAUAAUAAAAUUUAUUUUAUAUGUCCCUAAAGUACAUGUUUGUUUUGUUUUGAGGUUUUCUAUAGGUCAGAGGUUGUUGAUUUUUCUAGUGUUUUUUUUGUUUUGUUUUUUUAAUCAACCGUUAGUGGUCACAUCAAAUGACUCAUGGGCUGCUUGUAACAUUUUGUUAAAUUCAUUUUCUGUUGGUAAAAUUUUCGUCAUUGAAUUUCUCUCAAUAGAACGGCACCCCCGGUUUAGUUAUUUUCAAUGUCAUCCGUAAUGUUUUUAUCAUGAGGCAGUUUCGCAAUGAUUAUGCUUGUUAUUUAGUUGUGGCUAUUUCAGGCUUAUUGAACGAACAUUUUGUACAAGAGUUACGGUGACACAUGACUGUGUUUAUAAAAUGUAUUCAAUAA